CUGGCACAAGCUGGACCAGGAGAAAAACAUGGCGUUGAGUUCAAUUUUUCUCGGGUUGAUUUUAGUUCCUUACUGCCUCUCGCUGAAACCACCGGCAGGAGGAAUACAGGAUCGAAAACCUGAUGACCCAGACGUCCUUGAUGCGCUUGAUUUUGCCAUGAACGAAUUCAACGCUAUGCAGAACAACUUGUAUCGCCUGAUGUCGACUAAAGUAAAGGACGCUACUGUCCAGGUUGUUGCUGGCCAAAAGUUCUGUAUUGUCUCAGAGGUUGGCAUUUCCCGAAGUUGCCGUAAUGAUGAGAGUCACAAGUCAGCCUCUCUGGACCUCUGCCCUGUUGACACACUGGAG